CGCAACAUAACACUUGACAUCUGUUCUUUCUCAACCCUCAUUGAUUUUUCUCAUCAUGGCUUCUUCUGACUCGGAACUGAAAGGCCAGACUCUUCCUGUUCGUGCCAAGGCGGCCGCCGAACAAACGCCGCCGCUGCUUUAUUAUGGCUAUGACGAGUCCCAAAAGCUGUACUCGUACGAGUCGCUGCCGUCUCGAGAGGAGCACAUUUUGAAUGAACUGAAAGGGUGCUCCGAACCGCUAAGAUAUUACAUGAGGAUGAGGAUGCCCCUUAAGCUAAGCCCAGGAGAGAAACCUCUGCCCUGUCGCGAGACGCCAGGCGAGUUCGAAGACAUCAACGCAUAUUUUUCCUCCCAGAUUCACGCCCUUUUUAACGCCCUCAAAGCCCAUCAGGAUUCAAGCGCCGAAGCCGACAGACAGCCACUGCAGCAAGAUGGUUCCUAUCUCGAAAUUGAAAUUGAGCGUCAAUCCUACGACAUCUUUCCCGUGUGCCUGCAUCGCGAUUUUCACUCGCGUCGUCUCCAUCUCAGCGAUGCAGCCACGCUACCUUCACUGCCGUACUUCACCAAGUUGAGGUUCAACAGCACCGGCAGUAGCGGGAUUGAACACGUUCGUCCAGUUUCACCGCGAACGAUAGUAGAGUGCAUAAUACGACUCCCAGAUCUGCAAGAGGUCGAUUGGCCCGGCCUCGGUGAGCGGACACUGAUCGCCUACGAGUCGCCUUUUCUGCGCAUCUACACGCGUGAUUGGGAGGGUCUGUGGCGUGACUCGCGCCACGAAUUUGGCCGGGCAGUAGACGAACUCCGUGAGCAGAUCCCCGUGUCGUUGAGAAAGGUCAGGUUCUGGUUUUGGGAGCGCCGUUACAGCUUCAGUGAUGACCAAGCCGUUCCGAUGCCGGAUCUUGUGCACCCCGCCGACGAGGAUCCCGUAUCAGCUGGGCUUAGCAUCAUGGCGCCGUACCUCGAGGAGCUUGAUCUACGCGCUUUUCUGACACCCGCCCUCUUCAAGGCCCAAUGGCUGCGCAUGCGUCGUCUUCGCGUUGAAUUUCAUCCCUGCCGACCUGACGGACGCUGGUACUUUGUCGGGCCGCGGGGCGAGAAUCCCAACCCAGACGGCUACAAGGUCACCGAUGAGCAUUACCCUCCCACGGGGCCGAACGAGGCGGAUAAGGAGUUCGACGAGGAUUGGGAGGAGAACUGGGUCAGGGAUGACCUCACGCCCGACAUGUUCCGUACGGAACCGCUGGCAGAGCAGAUCGAGCCACUUCUGUCGGCGUUUGCUGUGGCGUUGAAAAGCAUGCCCGCCCUCGAGGAGGCAGAGCUAUUCACGCAUGUGUCCUGGAACCCGUCGACAGAAAGAUUGGACGAGUACGGAGAUGAGGCGCCCUACGAUGCCGAAUAUGGUGGUCGUAGAUGGGGAUUGAGGUACGUUCCCGGGAAAGACGGUGUUGAGGGGAUAUUGGAAUGGCAGGUCGGAUCGUGGAGACCGCACGAGGGCGUUAUGGAGUUGUUUGAAGAUCUAGGUGGGCAUGGUGAACUUAAGAUGGUUUGGAAGGAGUUUAACGGACUGGAACCUUAGGCAUUUUCUCUGUUUCUAACUGGGCUUCUUUUUUUAAUAAUCGGAAUCAGCGGGUUAAGACUGAGGAGUGCAUUUAACACACAGACUUGCCAACAUUUAUUCAGCCAUUAUCGAAG